AUGCAGCUUCCCCAUGAAUUUAAUGAAAGUGGAUGUCUAAUUCUCUUUGCCAUCCUGCAUCAGCUGGUGGCAACCUGCCCUCCGUCUUGUGUGGUGUGCACCAAAGAUGUGACCCUCUGUCAGCAGCUACCCUAUAUCUUAGCAGUCCCCACGACCACGAGGGUUUUGAUAAUCACCGAUGGACACCUCUCCUCUGUAGAGAGUGCAAAUUUGUCUCUUUUGUUUAAUCUUGCCCUGCUCUCCCUGAGCAGAAACGGUAUCAAGGACAUUCAAGGUGAGGCCCUGUAUGGGCUGACUCAGUUGAGGACGUUGUUGUUGGGGCACAACUGCAUAUCCAGCUCCUCUCUGGCUGACAACACCUUCAGCAAGCUCCUCCACCUGCAGGUGCUGGUGCUCAGCAACAAUGCUCUGCGCACCUUGCGAGGAGCCUGGUUCCGAGACACCAGGGCCCUGACCCGGCUCCAGCUGGACGGCAAUCAGAUUACUAAUCUCACAAACAGUUCUUUUGGAGGCGCGGAUCUCCACAGUCUCAGGCACCUGGAUUUAUCUAACAAUUUCAUCUCCUACAUUGAGAAAGAUGCUUUCUGGCCCCUGCCUCAACUACAGGAAGUGGACCUUUCUCGAAAUAGGUUGGCCCAUAUGCCGGAUGUUUUUACUCCGCUGAAGCAGUUAAGCCUUCUGAGCUUAGAUAAGAACCAGUGGAGUUGCACCUGUGAUCUGCAGCCAUUGGCCCACUUUUUAAGGAACUACAUCAAGUCUUCUGCUCACACAUUGAGAAACACCAUGGACAUACACUGCCAGCCAUCCCUUCCAUCUGCGGCUGCCAAAAGCGUGCUGAGGCUGUCUGAGACCAACUGUGACUCCAAGGCUCCCAACCUCACUCUGGUUCUGAAGGACAGGCGUCCUCUCCUCCCAGGGCAGGAUGUGGCCCUGCUGACGGUGCUUGGCUUUGCAGGAGCUGUUGGUCUCACUUGUCUAGGUUUAGUUAUAUUUAACUGGAAACUCCGACAAGGCAAAGCAAAUGAACACACAUCAGAAAACCUUUGUUGCAGAACCUUCCAUGAAUCCCUGUGUGCUCAUGAAGCAAGAAAUUACCACUCUAAAGGAUACUGUAGCUGCCACUUAACUCAGGAAAACGAGAUAAAGGUCAUGUCCAUUGUGGGACCUGGAAAGGAAAUGCCACUUUUACAGGAAAACAGCCAUCAAGCAACAUUGGCCUCUGAGUCCGCAGCCCUUGAUGGAUCAUUUCGAAACCUGAAAGGGAAAGACCGAGGGGUAGACAGUGCUUUCUUGUGCCUGGAUAGUAGAUUGCUGCAGUCGGGAUGCUCAGAGCCUCCUGGGAAAAGGGCAGCUUUUAACGAUGCAGGUUUAGUUACAAGAUACUGUCCAACGAGCGUUGAAAAGCUGAGGAGUCUUAAGCAUGGAGCAGUCCAAUCUCAAACACUGCCACAGCUUGUCACAAGAACAAUAGAUAUCAGCAGUGACACAUUUAGAAGAAGGUAUGCAACAUCCGCUUCAGCUUUGGCAAGGGAACGACUUGAAAAGCAUUUAACAAAUGAAUCAUGGCAGCCUCCAAUAGAAAAAGAAGACAAUGGCUUACAACCUCACAGGAAGAGACAUUUUAUUACAAGCUCAACAUCCAAGCCUCGUGUGCCUGAGGAACACCAUGUACAAAAGAUCUUACACAAACAGAGAUCAAAAUAUGAUGACCCGUAUAAACCAUUAAAACAGAACAAGACUCAGUAUUUCCAACCAAACAAUACCCUAUCCUGUAAAUAUGUGCUGUGUGAUCAAUUUCAGGAUUAUAUGAAAGAAACAAAGCUAAAUUGUAGCAAACCCUCAAAGUGUGAGGCAGAACAAAUCCAAAUUAAUAGUGCUAUAGAAAAAUUCCUUAAGAAUGAAGAUAGCAUAGAUUUUUCAAAGUCAUCAACAAAAAUCCAGAAAACAUACUCCCCAAAGAAGGUUAAUAUCUGGGAUCCUGAUUUAGUAGGAAAAGCAUCAACCCACUGGCCACAGCAGCAAAGUCAUGGAAACCAACUCAUCAACUUGGAUCUCAAGAAGUAUAGCAACCGUAGGGACAAACACAAAGGAGGAAAAUGGCUUGCUGACUCGCAGAUUCUGAAAAAGGAGAGAAGCAAGCAACUGGAUCUCAAAGGCAAAAUUAAAAGACAAAAUUUAAGGUUAAAAUUAAAUUUACACCCUUUCAGAAAAGUCAGAGUCCAUCCAGAAAAAUCCUUACCAGAGCUCCCAAGGAAACGUAAACAAGUGUCUGUACCUCAUAAAAAAUUACUUAAAACUUCUGAGCAAAAAACCAGAAUAAACCCUGUAUCUUCUACAGAUUUCCCUCAACAGCCAGAGGGUAGCAGCUGUGUUAAAUGCACUUCACAAAGGCUGAUCUUCAAACAUGCCUCAAAGCAGACACCACUGUACAAAAGGAGCAGUAAAAGUGCCCCUCCCCUCAGCACUAAGAUGCUGUCUGCUGGCAAACAGAGCUCUCUAAAGGAUGACUGUUACCUGUCUGGUCUUUUUCCGAAUGCAAAUGUACCCGUCUUGCCCCAGCCUACACCUGCAGAAACUGAGGCGAACCCCUCACACUCUCAGUUCUCAACUGAACCAGAGAAACGUGCAACUCAGCUCCUACCGGAAGCUCCUAGUUAUUUGCCGGAUACUUUGGAAAAUGCAAGGAAUUACAUUUUACCACCUCAUCCUCCCAGUGGGAUAGGUGUCCACAGUGCAACAGAGCCCACUGAGCAUGUAGAGGAAAACAAAUCAAAGACCAGUGAACAAAACCAUUUUUCUGUGUCUCCAAGAAGCCAAACACAAAUACUAGAUGUCUACAAAACUGGCACCUACAACAAAGCACACCCAUUAGAUCAAACUCCAGUUGCACAACAUAUGGGGCAAAACUCUGACCAUAAACAAGUUGGAAAUGAACCAGAAACAUUAAUGACAAAGCCUGAAAGAUCACAUCCACUUAUGGAAAGUUCCUUUGUGGAUCACAAAGGAAAUAAUGUAGGAACAAAUCUGCCUGGCACAGAAAUUUCUGAUUCCUUGCACAUUUCUUGGACACAGUCCAAGCACAACCUACCAUUUAUGAUGACGAAGUCCAUUCCAGACGAAAAUACAAUAGAGCUUCCCAAGGAAAUCAAACCAUCUCUUGGUGGUCAAGCCAUCUGGCAUCUAACCAACGGUAGCAAAAAAGGAAUCGACCAAACAAAUACUUUGCCCAGAGAGGACGGCACUGAAGACCUAGAGAGAAAAAUACUAGAAACAGAAGAAGAAAAUAUACUCGAUGAAAGCAAGAUAACUUCUGGUAUGUUAAUUUGGACCACACAGAUGACUUUAAAAGGCCCCCCAAAAGAAAAGCAGCCAACUUGGGAAAAUGGAAGAAGCGAGAAACCUGCAUUAUGUGAUUCAAGCUCUGCUGAGGAGGCUGUUACAGUUCAGGAUUUGAGCAUCACAAGCUCCCAUGAUGCCAUAAAUGGAAUACUUCAUCGUGAAAUAGAUCCUGAGGCUAAGAGCAGUAUGCAUAAUUUGAAAGAAAUUCAAAAUAUUCAACUAGAUAAAGAUAACAGUGCACAUAGAGAUGGCAUAAUGAUAACAGAGACACAUGAAAUAAAAGAUAUUCAUUUUAAGGCACAAAAUGAGGUAUCUCUAAUUCCUAACAAAAUAAGUGAAGCUGAAAACUCUUCUCGCAGACCUGAACUCUACCCACCAUCUGCUGAGUAUGCUAAUACAUCACCUUUAGAAGCAGAACAGAGUGAAUAAAAUAACCCAAAUAAUCUUUUUCUACUUUAGCUCCCUUCAAAAAGGAUAGACAUUGCAUAGCCUUUACAUAUAUUUAAAAUGCAUUAUUCUGGAGAAUAAAUUCUCAGUAAUUCUUCAUUAUAAAUAAAAAAGAAAGUCGCAAAAAUCAAAGACAGGGCCACAGGAUAUAUUUGAUACAAUUAACUGAACAUACUUCUUGAAGGCAUGAGAAAAUGAGAAAGAAGAUGUGUCUAG